AUGCUCAGGUCUCCGAAAGAGAGGUGGCGUGCGCAGGAAAGCCUGCCAACGCCGCAUCUGGGGCGGCAGCAGGUCUUACCCUCGUGGACUCACGACAGACCCCCGCAGCAGCAGGAGCAGCAGCAGCGCUCGAAGGAGCAAGAGACGCGAGCAUCGAGAACGGUAGAGGGCAACGCACCACCUUCCAACGACGGCAACGGUGCUGGGGGAAGAGCGCCACGCCACCGCAGAAGCCGUGUUGGCCGCCACCGACACGCAGGUCCAUCUUUUCGGAGCGCCGGUGUUGUGGCAUACAGCAGCAGCAGCUCCUCCUUCUCCUCCAGCUCUCGCAGAACCGGUGGCAGCGGCAGCUGCGGUGAUGGAGGUCAUUCUCGGUGUACCGCUCAGCUGGCCUCGCCACAGACGCUCAUAGAUGCAGGCAAGUUGUUCAAGCUGUCGCCGAACGACCGCCUCACGCAUGACCCUGACACCGCCUCUGCACGGAAGCUGCAGCAAACACUGUUGCCUACGACACCCACGACAUCCAACUAUCAACAGCGGCACACAGGCCCAGGAGCAGCCACGGCCGCUUCAACCACGCAGGCGAUGCGCACUGCGUCACCAUCCUUUCCCAGCUCGGCGUCGCAGCCCCGCUCCAGUCGUCAGGAGGGCCGUAGGACACGCUCAGCAAAGCGCCGCUGGAGCACUUCUGGAGUGCAUUACGAGAGUGCGCAGGAUGAUGCUGAACUCGACAAAGAUGAGGGCAACAGAGGCCAUGGAGGCAGCGCUGCUCACUGCACAAGCAGACAUGCACGCCAGGCUGCACAAUUGCUGCCGCAAGACGCAGGCAAAGAGGCGUUUGCUGAGGUGAUGGAUGGCUCGGCGGCAGAGACUUCGUUCAUCCAUCGAGAAACGUGUGGAAGUAUGAGCUCAGUACUUGGAAAGGACAGCGCACAAGCGCACAGUGUGACGCAGCGAAAUGAGAAGAGCGUGCGACAUCACCGGCAGCACAAUCCCCAGCACUACGUGCCCGCGCUUGUCGUCCUCGAGAAAGCGACGCCGCGACGAGCAAAUGACCGCGCAUGCAACUCCGCAAGGAACAGCAAUGGCAGCGACAGCGUGCUGCCUGACACGGCGGAGGUGGAUUAUUCGUGCAGCGGACGGCGGCCGUCGAACGCACGGUCGGUGGCGUCCUUGGAAAGCAGGGCCGCUUUUAAGGCUUCGCUCGCAGGCGCCGAGUUGCAGCGGCAGCGCGGCGCUGCCCUGCACACCCGUGCCAUGCAAGCGGCUUGGACCUCAUACAUGCACCGUUGUGGUCACUUGUCCAGCCCCGAAAGGUAUGACCGCCAGAGAGCCACUUUGCUGCAGGACGCACCGCCACAGAUCACAUACGCACACGAUGGGAUGUCAGUGCAGCAGCGACCGAGACAGACCGCAGCCGCAGAACCCUCGGUAAACAGCAAAGUGCCGGGGCCGUUGACCAAUGCACUUGCGCUCGCUAAGGAAGUCCUUCUCCUCCGCUGCUCGCUGCUCAUGACGUACACACUGCUCGCGGCUGCGACGGUGGAGGGGAGUGGUGAUGGUGGCGUCAAUGCAAUUGCAAAGAGGUCUUGGCAGUACGCGGCACAGCACUACGCGAGGUGGACAACGGCAGCGGAGCAGCGGGCGCAUUGGCAACGCGGUGGACAAGCAGGCGCGUCUGACGAAAAGCGCACAGAGCAUCAACAUCCGAAUCGGUGCUCCGCCGCGCUGUAUCUGCGCGGAUCAACUCCGUGGCCGGCGCUGGAGACUCGGUUGGUGGCAGCGGUGCAGGGAGCGGUCGAGGAGCUGCUGCUCAACGAGGCUGCAGCAACCGCACCGAAAAAACUCCCCUCACCGCAGCUACUGCGCGAGUCACCACCCCACGACGUCGACGGACUGCCCUCUGUGUGGUAUCCGCCUCAUCGAGGCGACGACGGCGAUGGCCCGUUGAGCGGAAUGCUUUGGGUGUGGUUCAGCGGCGGUGACGACAGUCAUGUGGAGGACGAUGUGGCAGGCACCUCCCUAUCGUCCUCUGAUGACAAUGACCUAAAGGACAACGACGGCAGUGGCACGGAGCGACCAAGUCUCAGUGCGGACAGCGCUGCGAUGCGGUGUCGGCGGCAGCACGAACGCAGAAAGAGAGGAGGGCUCUCAUCCCUGUUUCGGCGCUCUCACAGACGAUUUGGGGAGCGUCGGAGGCCUCCGACGGUGGUAAGGUCGCUUCGUGGUGUGUGGCACCGCUGCUUCGUUGUCGCAGACGAUAGCGGCGUAUGCGUGUACCCCACCGAGUGUGACUACGCUAACUUCGCCACCGAGCGCCUUCUCAUGUCCGUUCCGUACGCAUCGCUCGCCUACCUUGUGCCGGACUUCUCUGCUGCCGCAGUAGCGGCAUUCGACAACGUCGGCAUGGAGCAAGACGAGAAGGAAUGGGGCAGCAGCAACGGCUACGCGAGACCCUCGGCUCGCCCAGGACGAGGCAACUACCCACUGCAGCACUGCGGCUCUAUGGAAGCCGUGCACGUCGCGACGAUUGCAGCCGUGACGUCCGAGCUCGCAACAGGCAAGGCGUACACGUACUUCGGCUUUCUGCACUGUCAGCGAGACGGCGUGGCGCGCCGCGCCGCAGCGACGGCAGAGGCCUUCUCCACAGUGGAGCACGAUGCUUUCCAUCAAGAGCAAGAAGAAGCGCGCUCUUUUCGUUUUGCCCCUUGGCGCGUGAGUGGCGACAGAGGCAAGAGCUACGCGCACCGGCUACACGCACCGCUGCUGCUGCGCACAGAGCUGCGCGCCACCCGCGCAGAGUGGGUGCAUUUCUUCGCCGCCAAGUUCAACCGGCAUCUCUACGCUCUGCUCUUCCCAACAGCGUGUGCGGCUAUGGCGAAAAAGAAACCGCUUAGACAUCGUCCUGGUAAUGCAGAGGUGGCGGUGGUGGUGGUGCCAGAGACAGACGCUGAUGACGUUGUGAGCAACAAUGUGCAGCAGGAGAAGCAUCAACGCCACCGCCACCGCCGUCGCCGCACACGAAACAGCAGCGCCAGCUUAGAGCAGCAACAGCAACAGCACAUCCACAAUAGGGCAGUGCCACCAUCCUCGUCGCCACAUCGUGGCCGUCGCCACCGCCAUCAUCCCUCUCAACGUCUGUCUCAGGUAGAGGAAGCGCAAGAUGAGGUUGGCAUUGGUGCCGCCGCCUCCCACCGUCUCUCCAGCUCGUCCUUCUCUUCCACCCAAGUUGAGGACUCGCGUGACUACGAUGUGCUCGCGGCGGCAGUGGUGAGGGAGAAGGCACUUGAGCCACUCUCCUCGCAACUGUCAGCGACAGCGGCCGCGCGACAUGAUCAGCGGCCAGGUGCGAGUGAACCGUGGUGGGAAACGAUUUCGGCCUUGCGUCACACCAUUGCGCAGCGGGAUCAGCGGCUGCUGGACCAAGAAAAGGAGAUGGCCGACAUGGCCAAGGCACUGCGGCAGUACGCGCAGCGUGAACACAGUCUCAAAGAAGAGCAUGAUCGUCUUCAAGCUGCCUUGCGCGGCGCAGACGACCGUCUCGCAAACCUGAUCACAGCGGAGAGAAGCCAACAACCGGAGGUCCAGCGACUGUGUCGGGCGGCGGGCGCGAGGGUGCCACCGCAGGACGGCUGCACCGCAUUGGGUAGCGAAGACGCCAUUCAUAUCAGCCACCCAUCCUCCACCCUCUCCCCAGAACGCAAGCGACACGCGAUUUGCCCUGACGCUUUCGAUCAAUCCAGAAGUCCGCACGCUCCCAGCCCAACCGUGCCCGAUGCUCAGCAGCAGCAGCAGCGCGGACUGGAAUCACUGCAAGCGCAGCUGGAGGAGCUUCAGCGGCGCUACGUGGCGGACGCUGUGUCGUGGCGAGCUGAGCGGACGGCGCUCGAAGGCCGCUGCCUUGUCGCGGAGGAAAAACUGAAGCAUUUGCGCAGCGGCGCCUCCCAGCAACUCCGCUCGCCGACUCACCAGGUGAUGCACGAUGCGGAGAAUCACCGUCACGAAGUGUGGAGCGGGAAGAGGGCGUCUGUGGAUGCAAGGGCGUCAGGGCUAAUGCUGAACAACGAACUCGCCACUACAGAAAAUAACGACACGGCAGGGGCAUACCUUAGCCGAGCCACAAAUGAGCGCAGCCAGAGUGGUGAUGCAGCGCCAGCCAUCACUGUGUUAUCGGCCCCAGACAGUGCCUUUGCCUCUCUCCUGCUCACCUUCAAACCCAGCCGCGGCCGUGCUGGUGCGCGUGCCGGGGACUGCGUCGAUGGAGCGCUUAUUGUCGAUGAGGCCAGCGCGCGGCUGCUGUUCAGUGGUCCGACAGCGAACCAGCGCGGACGUCGAUGGGAACUGCGGCAUCACGACACGGAUGCCUUACUUCGCAUUCAACUGGAGUUACUGUCGCGGGUACCGGGAGAUGUGCGUGCGGUGGUUAGGUCGACCUCGCGUCGACGCCGUCCAGCUGCCUCUUCCUUGUCCGCGCUGGCGUCAGAUCCGCGAGCGUCUUCACCGUCACUACACUCUCCAGCAAGCAACACAACCCCGCGCAGGUCCACCGGCUCAGCCGCUGGAGCAUCGCUGUCCCCCCCGCCGUCUCUGCAGCCGCACUGGUCGAUCCAUGCCUACGAUCAGAGGGACUCGCACCACUACUCUCCUCCAGAUAUCUCCGCAGCUUCAGCGUCCUGUUUGGCAGGCUCGACGCAGCUACGUACGCACCUGUCCUCUCUCCUUCGGACGGUGAACGUGGCGCCGCGGCACACACGGGCCUCGCUGCUGCGGCAGGCUGCCAUUGGGCAGAAGAUCCAGGUGAGAGAAGCGGAGGAAAGGGGAAGCGCCGUCUUAUCACAGAGCCGAGAGCGCGUGUUUUAG